GCACACGGCGUAGAUAACGUGUCCGUCGCGCGGAGAAUCCAGAUCAUUAAAAAGGAAGCCCGAGAGAGAGAGAGAGAGAUCUAGAGGAGGAAGAAGAAGAACAAAAAUGGCAUUGCAAUGGCUGAUUCUGUCGUAUGUGGUUGCUGCCGAGGUCGCGAUCGCAGUCAUUUUGACUCUACCUUACCCUAUGCUCGUGAAGAAACGCGUCGUGUCACUUGUCUCGCUCAUACUCCAGCCUGCCGCCUCCAUCGUCGCCUUCGCUGGAUUUCAACUCCUCGAUCUUUACUGGAAGAAUGAGCAUAGACUAAUGUGCUCAUCUGAGGUUUGCACUGCCACCGAGCGUGAUCGCUACGAGAAAUCCAUCUACAAAGCUCAGCGGAACGUGGUUCUUUGUGCGGCUGGGAUCCUUCUCUACUGGUGCAUUUUCCGCAUCUGCAAGUACAACAAAGACCUUGAGCAUUUGGAGGAGCUAGAGAAGAGAUGCAAGGCAGAGUAGUAGUAGUUUUCCCAAGUCUGCUUCUUCCUGUUAUUAAUAUAACAUUAUAACCUCGUCUUGUGACUAGUUCAAAAUUUCAAACAAGAUAAUGAUUAAUCUCGAGAACGUCAUUGCACAAGACCUUAUAUGUAUUCAUUCCUCUUGCAACUUUGUUUUACCUUUUUGAGAAAUAGAAGGCUCUAUUUUAUUUCA